AUGCAUAUGGAUCUACUAGCAGAUGUAUAUUCGGCUACGACGAGUCGUACACAAUCUCCACUGUCGAUUUCCAUGGCGAUGUCCAAUGAAACCAGUUUAAACAAUGAUUCAACGAAAACAAUCAUCCCGGAGCAAUAUCAAGUGAUCCUAUUGAGUUUUGCCUAUGGUAUUAUAUCUCUACUCGCAGUUGUGGGCAAUUCAUCGAUUAUCUAUAUCGUUAUACGUAAUCGACAUAUGCAUUCAGUAACAAAUUACUUUAUAUGUAAUUUAGCGCUAGCUGAUUGUCUAGUCGCAUGUUUUGCAGUUCCGUUUCAGUUUCAAGCUGCAGCUUUACAAAAAUGGGUUCUGCCACAUUUCCUCUGUAAAUUAGCUCCAUUUGUACAAAUCCUAUCUGUUGAUGUGUCCAUCUACACAUUAGUUGCUGUUUCACUCGAUCGUUAUCACGUUAUGCUUCAUCCCUUAAAACCGAAAUUAUCGACGAAAACAGCCUUUCUUAUAUUCAUUAUUAUCUGGCUUGUUGCCUUUGCUUCAUCAAGUCCGAGUCUAUUUUUCUAUAAUGUCUACUUCAUUGAUGAUUAUGGUUAUCAAUGUUUACCCUAUACACAUGAAAACCACCUGUCGACGAAUGUAACUCUGAAAGCGAGCACAUCAUUCGAUAUUCACAAGAUUUACAUUGUUUAUAAUAUUUAUUCUCAAUAUGUCAUCCCGUUCGUAAUUAUAAGUGGCGCCUACUUUCGCAUCGGCUCGCAUUUAUAUUUUUCCGAGCCUGUCGGCCAAACCAAGUACCAAGAAGUGAUUACACGAAACAAACGGAAAGUCUUGAAAAUGCUCUUCGUUGUCGUCGCAUUAUUUCUCAUCUGUUGGUUUCCAUUGCAACUAUACAAUUUCCUUGUUAUUUAUAAACCUGAAAUUAAUGAUUUUAAACAUAUCGUCGUCAUAUGGUUAUGCGCGAAUUGGCUGGCUAUGUCGAACUCAUGCCACAAUCCAUUCAUAUACGGAUUUUGUAGUGCGAGAUUCAAUCGCGAAUUUCGUAAAUUAUACUCAUGUUUGCCGUGCAUCGAUUCGAAUCUGUUACAAGGGGAUUUGAAUGAACAUCGAACAACACUUCCAACGAUCAAUCCGAUCCACGUUCGACGUUUGACUGCGCAACAACAUUCACCGAACUUGUCAUCACAAGCACGUACGCGUCAAAAUACGACAACAUCGCUGAAUAGUAUACCAAUGAGUAGUCAAUCGUCAUCUAUCCCACUGAAUCCUCAUCAGGAGAAACGGCGUCACUUCUUCUUUUCAAAUCGUCAAUCAAAUCAUUUACUCGCGCAUCCCAAGAAUUCUUACUACAGUUGCAAACUGAAUCGAUCGAUAAAUAAUUGUGAAAAAUUUCUCCUCGAACAAGAUUUAGCCAAUUCAGCGCAAGAAAAUGAUCUUCUAUUAAUUCAUUCGACACGCUUUGUCUAG